AUGUCUCCAGUAGCACACCCACGACUCAUCUUUGGCGGGUCCAGCAUUGGCGAUGACUACGCCACGCCGCAGGAGGUCAGCGACCUCCUCCAGCGGCUGAAAGGGGCGGGCGUCAAAGAGCUCGACACCGCAGCUCGGUACCCCGCCGUCAACUUCGGCGCCUCUGAGAAGCUGCUGGGCGAGGUGGGCGCCGCGGCCCAGGGCUUCGCCGUCGACACCAAGAUCCUCGUCAUGAGCGCCGACGGCAAUGGCAGCCUCGAGCCCGCAAAGAUCCAGGACUCGGUCAGCAAGAGCUACGAGGCCCUGCAGAUGCGGGGCCAGAAGCUCAACGUCCUCUACUGCCAUGCUGCAGACUUUGAGACGCCCCUGGAGGACCAGGCUGCCACCCUGGACGCUCUGCACAAGAAGGGCAUCUUCGACAAGCUCGGCGUUUCCAACUGGCCCGAGGACAUGUUGACUCAAUUCAUUGCCAUCUGCGAUCGCGAAGGCUACGUCAAGCCCACUGUCUAUCAAGGUCUCUACAACCUUGUCUGCAGGGGACACGACUCCCUAUUCCCGGCCCUUCGGAAGCACGGCAUCGUUUACAAUGCCUACAGCCCCCUUGGCGGAGGUUUCCUCUCAGGCAAGCUGACCUCGGGCGAGAUCGAGGGCACUCGGUUCGCCAAGGACAACAUCGUCGGGCACUAUUCCAAGCUGCAAUAUGACAAGAAGGAGCUUCACGAUGCGGUCAAUGCACUGGACAAGAUACUCCAGUCAGCCAACAUCUCAAAGAUUGAGGCGGCUCUGCGCUGGGUCUCUUACCACUCAUCGCUGGGCCCGGAGGACGGGAUCAUCCUUGGGGCUAGCAAGCCGCACUACCUUGAUCAAAACAUUGAGGCAAUUCAGAAGGGGCCGCUGCCGGCCGAGGUUGCGUCCAGCAUGGACGGGCUCUGGGGUCCACUGUCGGGACAGUAG